GAAGAGGCGCUGCGCGCGGCCGCAUAACGUCAAAACGUCACCGCGCGCUCUGCACCCUCUGCGUGGCUGUCGCGCGCCCCUUCGCCAGACGGAGCCACACCGAAACCGAAAAAUUGACUAAUAUGGCAGCGGAAGACAAAUAUUCGGAGAGUGACUCUGGCGAGCCUGGGCCAGCUGAACAGGUUCUAGUAUGUCCAGAUUCACCACUCGAAAUGAUCAAACACCCGCUACAGCAUCGCUGGAGCUUGUGGUUCUACAAAAAUGACAAGAAUCGUACCUGGGAGGAGAACCUCCUAGAGAUAACCUCAUUUGACACCGUUGAGGACUUCUGGGCCCUCUAUAAUCACAUUGAGGUGGCCAGUAAGCUUCCUCUUGGAUGUGACUACUCACUUUUCAAGUAUGGCAUCAAGCCCAUGUGGGAAGACCUCCGCAACAAGCAAGGAGGUCGUUGGCUCUUCAACUUGAACAAAAACCAGAGGACAAUAGACUUGGAUAACUACUGGCUUGAAAUUUUGCUGUGCCUGAUAGGAGAGAGCUUUGAAGAGUUCAGUGACGACGUAAAUGGUGCUGUGGUCCAAGUUCGCCCCAAACUUGACAAGAUUGCUGUCUGGACUGCUGAUGUUCGCCGAGCUGAUGGCAACAUUAAGAUUGGGAAGACAUUGAAGGAGAGGUUAAACAUGCACCCCCGCAACAUUAUUCCAUACCAGGCCCAUGCUGACACUCAGUCAAAACAAGGUUCCACAGCUAGGGCUAGAUAUCAAGUUUGAGUAAUUUAGGAAAACCAAGGCACGAGGAACGGAAAUGCCACCAAAACUCCAAGCAACUUGCAGGUGUGCCGUGUGUUCAAAAAGUGAAAUGAACUGAUAUAUUCUAUGCAACUUCGCUGCCACAACAUCGAGCAGCAAGAGGAGAAAUUAAAAAAAAAAGCAAGAAUAUUUUACUCUGAAGGACUUGCAAAUUUGGUGUGGUUAAUGAUUUCCUGCCUUUUUAUUUUAUCUUUAUUUUCUUGCGAGUGAAAGAUAACAAGUAACCCACAUUGUU